AUGUCUCAAUCGGCCAACUCCUCGAUGAGCGCUCUCAACUACGACGGCCCUCGCGUCCCGCGUCGCACGCCCAUGGCUUGCGAAUUUUGCCGCGCGCGUAAGCUCAAGUGUGACGGUGGCCGCCCGUCCUGCGCCAACUGCGAGAAGAAGAAGUUCCCGUGCAACUACGUCCCUGUGUACGUCCCGUCUCCCCUUCCACAACACGAAUUUCACCGACCUCCUCGCAGCGGUGACAAGUCGAAGAAGUAG